AUCAUAACAUAGAUGUUGCAUGUAAUCUCCUUGAGACCUGCAGACAAUUUCUCUAUCGAUCUCCUGAAACUUCUGUGCGAAUGGCCAAUAUGUUGGAAAUUUUGAUGCGGUUGAAAAAUGUCAAGAAUCUGGAUCCUCAUCACAGCACUCUUUUAAAAAAUGUUUAUUAUCUCUGCAAACCACCUGAACGAUCAGCAAGGGUUUCUAAAGUCCGCCCUCCUUUACAUCAGGUAUGCAUAUCGUUUGCAAAAAUUCUUUUACAAGUGACUAGGCCUCGGAUUGCUUUGCUAGGGAAUAUCCCUAGAACUACGAAAAUAAACAUUGGGGAAUUAAUAAUUUUGUCUACGACUUUGGGGUGGCUUACUGAAGAAGAAGAACCGAUUAAAGAUAAUGACCAGAGAAUUCAAUAUCUGUUACCGACCUAGAUACUAGUGGAGUUCACGGGUUGGAAGCGUUGCA